GGAACUCACCAUCCAGCAGAAAAGCAGCAUGGUCGACAAAAACAUCUACAUUGUCCAAGGUGAAAUAACCACGGUUGUUGGAGCUAUUAAGAGAAACUCUCGAUGGAAUAACCACACUUCACAGGAUGAAGAACAAGACCCAUUACUGAACAGCUUUGGCCAUCUUAAGGAAAUACUCAACAACAUAAAAGAUCUAUCAGAUGUGGAACCCAACCUUUUCCUGAGGCCUUUCCUUGAAGUUGUGCGCUCUGAAGACACCACUGGACCAAUCACUGGCCUUGCUCUUACCUCUGUAAACAAGUUUCUUUCGUAUGGCCUUAUAGAUUCUAACCAUGAGGCUGCUGCAGAGGCUAUUGAGAACAUGGCAGAUGCUGUCACACAUGCAAGAUUUGUGGGAACAGAUCCUGCAAGCGAUGAAGUGGUCUUGAUGAAAAUUCUUCAGGUCCUUAGGACUCUGCUGCUGACGCCAGUUGGAGCCCAUCUGACCAAUGAGUCUGUGUGUGAAAUAAUGCAGUCCUGUUUCAGAAUCUGCUUUGAGAUGCGCUUAAGUGAGCUCCUCAGAAAAUCUGCGGAACACACACUGGUUGACAUGGUGCAGCUGCUGUUCUCCAGGCUACCCCAGUUCAAAGAGGAGGCAAAGAGUUAUGUGGGCACCAACAUGAAAAAGGCUUACAAUAUCUUGUGGAAAAACAAACGUGUGCAGUUAAAGAUGCGUGCUGGAGGAAUCAGUGAAUCAUCCAAAUGGAAGAAGCAGAAACGCUCACCAAGGCCCCCUCGUCACAUGAUCCAAAGUCCUUCAGACCCAGGCAAUCCCAGCACCCUCAGCAACAACCUCUCAGGUGGUGUCCCAUUUAUUGAACAAGGCUUUUCUAACUCGAGCCUUGCCACAUCAGACAGUGCUGGCUCUUCCAUAUCCAGCCCAACCGCCACAGACAGUGGCCUGGAUGCAUGCUCCAAAGCCACCUCCAGGGAAGACCUUUCUGACCUGGAACAAUCUAUUUUAUCUCCAAGCAGCCCUUGUACAGCUACUUCACUAACUUGUGCUGAGUCUGGCUCUUCACACACACAGGGUGGGCAGGUUGUAACAGCUCAGACAGCCUCUGUGGAUUCAAUCGCUGAAGUUCUGGAUGACAAAGACUCCGUCGCUGAGCAGUCAGACACCACCUCUGUUCAUGACAUGGACUAUGUUAACCCUCGUGGAGUCCGAUUCACACAGUCCACACAGAGAGACGGAGUUGCCCUCAUUCCUUAUGGUCUGCCAUGUCUAAGGGAACUUUUUCGUUUUUUGAUUUCACUGACUAAUCCACAUGACCGCCACAAUGCUGACGCAAUGAUACAUAUGGGCCUGCAGCUUCUGACUGUAGCCCUGGAGUCUUCACACAUUGUUAACUACCAGUCUUUACUAGUCCUGGUUAAAGAUGAGCUCUGCAGGCAUCUGUUUCAGCUGCUGAGUGUGGAGCGCAUGAACCUCUAUGCUUCCUCAAUGAGAGUUUGCUUCUUGCUUUUUGAAAGUAUGAGAGAACAUUUGAAGUUUCAGCUCGAGAUGUACCUCAAGAAACUGAUGGACACUAUCACAUCAGAGAACACUAAGAUGCCCUAUGAAAUGAAAGAAUUGGGUCUGGAAGCUUUGGUCCAGCUCUGGAGGAUCCCCAGCUUUGUCACUGAACUGUACAUUAACUAUGACUGUGACUUCUACUGCUCAAAUUUGUUUGAAGACCUCACCAAGCUACUCUCCAAGAAUACAUUCCCUGUGUCAGGACAACUCUACACCACUCACCUGCUUUCACUGGAGGCCCUGCUCACAGUAAUUGAUAGCAUUGAAGCCCACUGCCAGUCCAAGGUGGAAACCACAACAAUUCAGCUGAGCCAAUCAGACACACUGCUCGCAGAUGGCGAAGGAUCAUCCUCAAAUGGAACAAACUUAAUAGCUGAUCUUAGCAGCAUGGAUAGUCCUAAUAACUCUCCAAAAGUGGUAAAUGCGUCAGGAUAUCCACCUACCACUGGAUACCUUAUGGCUGAGAAGAUGAGACUGGGUAGGGAGGAUCAAGGUGACAGUGAUAUUGUGGAGAAGGGAGCACCAAAACAGCCCCCCCGUUUUUCUACAUGUUUACCUGAGACACUGCAGCUGAUGGAAAUUAGAACCAAGAAAAAACUUCUCAUCACAGGCACAGAGCAGUUUAACCAGAAGCCUAAGAGGGGAAUCCAGUUCCUUCAGGAGAAAGGCCUACUUAGUGACCCCUUGGAUACAAAACAGGUGGCACAGUGGCUCAGAGAAAACCCCCGUCUGGACAAAAAGAUGAUCGGGGAGUACAUCAGCGAUCGCAAGAACAUGGAACUCCUGGACAGCUUUGUGAAUACAUUCACCUUCCAGGGACUUCGUAUCGAUGAGGCCUUGCGGCUGUACUUGGAGGCCUUUAGACUCCCUGGGGAGGCUCCCGUAAUUCAGAGGCUACUGGAAACAUUCACAGACAACUGGCAUAAAGUCAAUGGCUCUCCUUUCAUGAGCAACGAUGCAGGCUUUGCUUUGGCCUAUGCUGUGAUUAUGCUGAACACCGAUCAGCAUAACCAUAAUGUCCGGAAGCAGAACAUCCCCAUGACUGUUGAGCAAUUCAAGAAAAAUCUCAAAGGUGUUAAUGGAAACAAGGAUUUUGACCAGGACAUGCUAGAAGACAUCUACAAUGCUAUCAAGAAUGAAGAGAUUGUGAUGCCAGAUGAGCAGACGGGCUUAGUGAAGGAGAACUAUGUAUGGAGUGUGUUGCUUCACCGUGGUGCCACUUCUGAGGGAAUUUUUCUCCACCUACCACCAGGCAGCUAUGACCAUGACUUAUUCACCAUGACUUGGGGUCCAACCAUCGCUGCUUUAUCUUAUGUCUUUGACAAGAGCCUUGAUGACAACAUCAUCCAGAAGGCCAUCACAGGGUUCAGAAAAUGUGCGAUGAUAGCAGCUCACUAUGGCUGCAGUGAUGUUUUCGACAACCUAAUUAUCUCCCUCUGCAAGUUCACAACACUGUCCAGUGAGUCUGUGGACAACCUACCUACAGUGUUUGGUAGCAACAGUAAGGCACAGACCGCUGCCAAAACUGUUUUUGAUUUGGCUCAUCAGCACGGUAACAUCCUGAGGGAAGGCUGGAAGAACAUCAUGGAGUCCAUGCUGCAGCUCUUUAGAGCCCAGCUCCUACCAAAAGCCAUGGUUGAGAUGGAAGACUUCGUAGAGCCCAAUGGAAAAAUUUCACUUCUGAGAGAGGAAAUGCCAUCAAAUCGUGGUGAAUCAGCAGUCUUAAGUUUUAUCAACUGGCUGACUCCGAGUGGAGCUGAGCAAUCAGGAUUAAGAGGACCGUCCAUAGAAAAUCAGGAAGCCAAGCAAGCAGCUAUCCUCUGCAUUAAGGAUUGUGACCCAGAGAAGUUGAUUACUGAGAGUAAAUUCCUCCAGCUGGAGUCUCUGCAGGAGCUUAUGAAGGCACUGAUAUCUGUUAGCCCAGAUGAAGAGACUUAUGAUGAAGAGGAUGCUUCCUUCUGUUUGGAGAUGCUGUUGCGUAUUGUUUUGGAAAAUAGGGACCGUGUAUCGUGUGUUUGGCAAACAGUCCGGGACCAUCUCUAUCACCUAUGUGUUCAUGCCCCUGAGAGCUGCUUCCUGGUGGAGAGAGCUGUGGUGGGCCUUCUUCGACUUGCAAUUCGGCUGCUGCGCAGAGAAGAGAUCAGCUCUCAGGUCCUUCUCUCGUUGCGCCUUCUGCUCAUGAUGAAGCCGCAUGUGUUGGCCCGGAUCAGUCGAGAGGUUGCGUAUGGCCUUCAUGAGCUACUGAAGACUAAUGCAGCCAACAUCCACUGUACAGAUGACUGGUACACACUCUUCUCCCUGCUGGAGUGUAUUGGAGCUGGAGUUAAACCUCGUGCCUCCUUCCAACUCAGCUCUUCUACUGCUGACAAUGAAACAGGUGCACAGUCAGACAGUGAGCUGUCAUCUCAUCAUUCCAAUGACGUGAAUUUAGAUCGUGGCUACACAUCUGACACAGAGGUUUAUACAGAGCACAGUAAGACCAGGAUACCUCGUUCCACUACUGAUGCGGAUGUAUCAAGUAGUGGAUGGCUUGUGGUUGGAAAAGAUGAUUUGGAGACAAGUAAACCCACCCAAGUAAACACCAAAGCUCAGCUGAGUCACCCAUUGGUCAACCAGUACAGUCUGACUUUAGGUCAGGACCUCGGGCAGCAUGACACCAAGUCUCUCAUCAAGUGUGUGGAAACUCUCUCUUUCAUUGUUCGCGAUGCUGCCCACGUCACCCCAGACAACUUUGAGCUAUGUGUUCGAGCCAUACGCGUGUUUGUGGAGGCUAGCCUUAAUGGAGGUUAUCGAAACCAUGACAAGAAGAAAAACCACAAAUAUGACUCAAAGUCCCGGAUGAGAAAGAAACCAGUGGGUAGGGAGAGAGAAAUUGGAGGCAGCACAAGACGAGUUGGGAGUCGAUUAUCAAGUCAGCGUCCAUCACGUUCUCACAGUGACGAUGAGGAGGAUGAGGGUGUCCCAGCCAGCUAUCACACAGUGUCAUUACAGGUUAGUCAAGAUCUGUUGGACCUGAUGCACACCCUUCACACCCGGGCCGCCAGCAUCUACAGCUCCUGGGCAGAGGAACAGCACCAUCUAGAGCCCUCUGGCAAAAAGAUAGAAGCUGACUCUCAAACUUUGUGGACCAGCUGCUGGUGCCCACUACUGCAAGGAAUUGCUUGGCUAUGCUGCGAUGCCAGGCGACAAGUCCGCAUGCAGGCCCUCACUUACCUCCAAAGAGCACUGCUUGUCCAUGAUCUGCAGGCACUUGAUGCGGCUGAGUGGGAGUCCUGCUUCAACAAGGUGCUUUUUCCACUGCUGACUAAGCUACUGGACAACAUCAGUCCAGCAGAUGUGGGUGGUAUGGAGGAGACCAGAAUGAGAGCCUGCACACUGCUGUCAAAGGUCUUCCUGCAGCACCUUUCACCUCUACUUUCCCUGCCCACCUUCGCUGCCCUCUGGCUUACCAUUCUGGAUUUCAUGGACAAGUAUAUGCAUGCAGGGUCCAGUGAUUUACUGCUGGAGGCAAUUCCAGAGUCUCUAAAGAACAUGCUACUAGUGAUGGACACUGCAGGGAUUUUCCGCAGCUCUGACUCUAAGACUGGAUACUCAGACCUGUGGGAAAUAACAUGGGAACGUAUUGUGUGCUUUCUUCCAAACCUGAGGGAAGAACUCUUCAAACAGACAGUUAUACCAGAUUCAGCUCCAAGUCCCCAAGCUGAGCAAGUGCUGUCAACAUCCACAGCUGAACAACCUUUAUCUCCUUUGAUGGCGCCACCUCUUUCCCAGCCUCCCUCCCCGGUCAUGAUGCCAGUAACGCAAGCAGAGACUUCAGUUUCCAGCAGUCAAGAGUCAACUCAAGAGCAUCAAUUAGCUAGUGCCAAUGGACCAGAUUGCUCAUCUCCAGCUCCUGCCUCGAAAUCUCCGCCUCCAUCACCAAGCACAUCUCCCGCCCGCUCUCCAUCACCUCCAAGUCAGCCCCCCCUCAUUCUGCAGCCAUUAGCUUCUCCGCUGCAGGUGGGAGUCCCACCCAUGCCUCUUCCAAUCAUCUUGAACCCUGCAUUGAUCGAGGCCACAUCUCCUGUGCCACUGCUUCCUGGGUCCAAACCUGCUAGUCCCACUGAUGAGUUCCAGUAACAGAAGUUCACCUGACUUAAGGCUCACUACGUCCAUGGCAGGAGAGCCAACUGCUUAACAUAUUAGAGUGUUGCAGCUUGUUUAGGUGUACAUAAGGGACACUGUUCAAAUGUGCAGGUUGUUUGGUUUGUGCUCUUUCUGUGUGUAUUUUCUAAUCCUAUUGAAUGAAAUACUAACAGACAGUUGUGUAGUAAACUCACUCUGAUGCAGGAUUAUGGCACUCAAAAAACAAAAGUUUUUGGGUAUUUUGUUCUGUCCACACAAUCCACACAAACAUAAUUUACUUGCUGUUUUCCAACUGUUUUAAAGUUAUGACAUCAUGCGUAUUUUAGACUGAGACAAUAAAAUUAACAGACUGAG